CUGUUCCAUCUCCGAUCUCUGAAAUCUCUCUGAGGUCGCCCGCAAACGGCGGCAAUGGCGAUCCUUCCACGCUUCCUCUUGGCGGCAUUUUUCUUCCUCUCUGCUUCUGCUGAUGUUCAAACAAAUGUAACUAACAACCCUGCGGAUAAGUUGGUUGCUGUGAUCAACACCAAUAGAACUGCACAAAAGUUAUCAUCUCUCUAUGAUAACCCAGGUUUGGCCUGCAUUGCUUUGCAGUAUAUAAGAGCAUACCAAGGUGACUGCAGUGCCGUUGGAGGGCCAAAUGCCAAGAAGCCAGCAGAUUCAGAAUUUGCUGAAACUUUUGCCCCCAGCUGUGGUGUUCAGGUUGCAAGUCUUUCUCCAAUCACUGGUCGUUUUCUUGGAUGUCAAUCUAAAUAUGUCCAUGCUGCUGAAGCAUUCUCAAUAUUGGUCAAUAAUAAUAAAAGCUUGGACAUUCUCUACGAUAAGAACCACACUGAAGUUGGUGCUGCUGUGACUGGCACUGAUGGUGGGUCUCCCUAUUUCUGGUGUGUGUUGUUCAGCAAUGGCAAGUCUAAUAGCAGCUUUGUUUUUGAGGAUGGUGUGGCUAAGAUAACAAGACCUGGGUGCUUCAGUGGUGCUAAUGAUGAAUGCAGCCAUGCCAACUAUUUGUCUCAACCUGGCCAUCUAUGGCUGUAUGCCGUUACAUCUUUCAUUGCCGUGGGAUACAUUUUUGGUAUUUGAUUCUGAACUCAAGGAUACACACUGUUUUUUCCUCAAUUUGGUAGUCAUUUCAUUUCAGCAGCUUACUCAUUGCCAACAGCGCAUUUGGUUUAUCGUCACUAUCAUUAUCCUUAUGGAGUGUAAGUCUGUAGCCAACUCCAUUCAUUUUUCUACUCAUUUCUUAUUCAUGUGUAAAAUCCUGCUUUAAAAAUGUCCCCUUGGAGGAACAUUAUUUUUUUCUCUUUCAUGUACAAUUUGCUCUUUUACUCCAUGUGAUUGAGGGAAGAGAAUAAAAAAAAGAAAGGAAAAGAAAAUGUAUCUGCAUUCUUCUUUGGCUAACUGCAUUAAAGGGAAGGUAAGGCAGGGAAAAGGAUGGGUCUAUGCAGUAUGCACCCUUCAUCUGUACUUUGCUUUUCUUUAUUAGGUCUUUCCAAACAAAAUAAGAUUGAAUCUCCUAU